CUGCCUAAACCACAGGCCUAUUAUCGAACAGAACAAAAUGGCGGAUGAAAGAACUCACUCGCGGCGGAAGAGGACAUUUUCUUCUUGUUCAACCGUUUCUUCCGAUGAUUACCAUGAUGCUAGCGAACAAAUUGUCGAGGACGUAACGUUAGAGUUUUUCUACAAGCCUCGCUCUUUGACAGCGCUGUCUUGUCUAUUUUUGUUUCUAAUUUAUUCGGCGUUUACAAGAAAUCCAGAUGCAACUCGAGAUGAGAAUAUAUGGAGUGGUGUGGUGUCGCUUAUUGUUGUUUUUCUCGUGCUUAGUCUAUUGGUUAUGCCAAAUGGUCCCUUCAUCAGGCCCCAUCCUGCAAUAUGGAGGCUUGUUUUUGGUUGCAGUGUCCUGUAUUUGAUGUUCCUUUCCUUCUCGCUGUUCCAAACACGAGAGGACUUCAGGAAGAUUUUAUUCUUUUUUGAUCCUGAGCUGAUAAAGGCAGGGCCUGAUACUGAGGAGUAUGCAGUCAACUGUUCUCAUAUUACAGUUCAGCGCCUCUGGGGUGUCUGUGAUAUCUUUGCCUUUGCCCAUUUCUUUGGAUGGGCCCUGAAGGCGAUGCUGAUCAGGCAUGCAGGGCUGUGUUGGAUGGCGAGUAUCACAUGGGAGGUCACAGAGGUGUUCUUCUCUCAUCUGUUGCCGAACUUCAAGGAGUGUUGGUGGGACGCAUUAGUUCUUGACGUUCUCAUAUGUAAUGGUCUUGGAAUCCACUUCGGGCUCUACGUCUGCAAAAAACUCGAGAUGCGAAACUACCACUGGGAGAGCAUCAAGGACAUUCACUCAACAUCAGGAAAAAUCACUCGCGCUGUGAUGCAGUUUACGCCUGUGAGCUGGACACAUGUUCGCUGGAUGGACCCGAAGUGCUCGUACAUGCGCUACUUUGCUAUUUCCCAACUGCUGAUCGUCUCACAGGUGGUAGAGCUAAACACGUUUUUCCUGAAGCACAUCUUGUACAUCCCCACGCGGCACUGGCUUAACUGGUCCCGGAUCUUCCUCAUUAGCUUGGUCGUCGCUCCUUCACUUAGGCAGUACUACAGCUAUGUGACUGACACGCGGAGCAAGAGGGUCGGAACACAGUGCUGGGUCCUCAUUGCGAUAACCUUGAUGGAAUGCCUGAUUUGUAUUAAGUACGGAUUGGCACUUUUCAAGAAAACUGAGAUGACACUGAUCGCGAUGUGGCUGCUCUUCCAGAUGCUCCUCUGUAUGGGUGUUCUGUAUUUCAUGGUCAUGACCAAAUCCAAGGUACAGGACGGGAAAGUAGUCAAGGCAAAAAUCAUGGAAAAAGUGCGAUUCUUCAAAAAGUUUGGAAGAAGAAAAGAGCUCGAAAGUAUCCCGGCCGACGACCCGACUUCCAAGACUAUUCAUUAUCUUGUGACCAACGGCCAUCACAUGACAGAAAACGGCGACACGGCCAAUCAGGGCGCUAGUAACGGUCACGUGAAGAGCAAAGAAGCCAAGGAUUUGACGAAUGGCGUCGACUACCUGAUCCCACCAUCCCCGGACCACGGAUCAUCGCGCAAGCGCAAACCCAAGCAAAACGACGGCAUGACAACGAGGCUACGCUCAAGGAAGUCUCAGGCGGGAGUUUGACUGCCCUUGCCAUGCACGCCUGGGUACAAGUUAGACUCUAAGUUGGCCUGUGAAGUCACAAGCCGCCAUGCUGGGAAUCAGAAUCAGAAUCAGAGACAUUGCGAAUAGUUCGAACAGUUCGUGAUGCAUUUCGUUGAUUUUGACCUGUCGAUAGCGAUUGACAGUUUUGUUCACGUGACCAUUAUGCGAUGUGAACGCUAGUGUUUUGUAUAACUGAUUAUUGAUUUUUGAUUAAGAUGACACUUUAUUAGAUUUCACCAAUUGUCCUUAGUUUUGUUCCAAUCGACCUAGUAUUUUAUCAGUACAAUAUCAGACAGGUAUAGAUAAUACAAUCAGAGACAAUAUAAUGUAACCUGACUAUCGAAGACCAUCAUGCACAUAGUCAAUCUCAUCAAAUGUGUUUGAGAUUCCAAAUUAUAAACAUAUUUUAGUUUUUUUGUGUGUGUCUGUUAAAGAUAGCUGCGUUUUUUUCAAUGUGUAUUUAAGAUGUAAUUUUCGGUUUCUUUUUUCAAGUUGUACUACUGGUAACCGUAUUAUGUUAUCAGGGCUUGUAUAUUUUUCUCUCAGUUAUGUACAUAUUGGAAGUAAAAGUGUAUUGUACGACUGA